UCCCUGCCAUCAAAUUAGAAACUUUUGUUGAAGGUUGUCAGUUUCAACUUCCGAACCUUUCUUUUCUCUGAAAUGUACAAAAGAAAUCAAGAAUAUUGAAAAUGGAGUGACUUAAAAUGAAGUGAAGUCUAAACCAUCGACUCUUUUUUGUCACAAUUGUUUCUUACAAUGGCAUCGAAGUGAAGUGUGAGUGAAGCCUUUGAAACUGAUGCUCCAUCACGUGAACUGUCAGCGGGACUUGCAAUUGCAACCACCUUCCUAUGCCCCUAUGAUGGACAGCGCAGAUUGCUAGGCCUCUUGGGCCACCUCCAAAUCAUUAUUAUAGUGGUAGAUUUUCGGUACAAACAUAAAUUCUUGCUCAAUAAUAACCCCCUCCAUAAUUUCCUGGCAACAAUGGUCCAAAAGCUUCAAUCGUGUCAUUGUGCAUUGUAAUUCUAUCAAAUUUGGGGAAGAUGCUGCGCCGAUCAUCGACAGCUAAUGUUCAAAACUAAUGGGUUUGUGGGGCUCUCUGUUUUCUUCAAAGCUGUAAGGAUUCUGAGUUACAGAGCGCUGGACUGAAGCUCAUUUUAUAGAAUGUGGGCGCAUAGCGACAACUUCAAAUCUCAGACCCACUUCUCUUGGUUUUUCUCUCUUUCUCUCUUUCUCGCUUCUUUCGGCCCAAACCAUUUGGGAGCUCUGUCUGAAGAAACCGAUUGAGUGGGAGCAUUGAACCGGAGGAGAAAUGAGGGCGAAACUUGAAUCGCCAUUUUAGGCAGUGAUCAGUCUAUUUCACUGUUUGUGCAUCGAUUUGUGCUUUUUGACGUCUGGAAACAAAAAGUUGUAAGAAAAGGAAGGAAGUUCAGAGAUUAGUCAAAAAGUGAUUAGCAACCAUAAUCUAAGCAUACGCCAGAUGUUUGUUUAAAUGCCCAAGUGGAAUAUCACGUGCUGUUCAUCCUCUGGCUGGUGUUGGCUGCUCCACUGUUUGGAAGGCACUUGGAAUUAAACUAAUAGCAAAGACCAUCAAAGUUCUCAACCCAUCCUGGAAAAGAUGCUGUGCGCUUGUUCAGGAGAGCAAUUCAAGUUUGAAGAGCCACCACAGUCCCCGGAGUCACUAGCGACGAGGGAUUUCUCGGCCAGUUGUCUUUCCUCGAGAACUGGAGACUGGGAUUUGAAAUUUGAAGAUUCUCAAGUAGAUGAAGUUGAAUCCACUUUAAAAGAAGCUCUCUCAUUAAACUACGAGGAAGCCAGAGCUUUACUGGGGAGGCUUGAAUAUCAAAGAGGAAAUUUUGAUGCUGCCCUACAGGUAUUUCAAGGUAUAGGCAUUAGAUCCUUGACGCCAAGAAUGGUUAAGGCAAUCACCGAAAAGAUAAGAGAGGAAAAACCUCGUCCUAAAGGUGACAGUGCCCCCCCUACUGGUGUACUGUCCAUGCAUUCUGUUAGCCUACUACUUGAAGCAAUUCUACUCAAGGCAAAAUCACUGGAGGAACUUGGCAGAUAUAUAGAGUCUGCGAAAGAAUGCAGGAUAAUUCUUGAUACAGUGGAAUCAGCUUUGCCUAAUGGAAUGCCCGAGUUUAUUGGGGAAGACUGCAAAUUUCAGGAAAUGUUACACAAAGCUUUGGAAUUACUGCCUACUUUGUGGAUUAAGGGUGGUUAUCUUGACGAGGCCAUAAACGCCUACCGCAGAGUCCUUGUUAAACCAUGGAAUCUAGAUCCAAACAAGUUGGCUGCCAUAGAGAAAGAAUUGGCUGGCACAUUACUCUACGGAGGUGUUGAAGCAAGCCUUCCCCUUAAGUUUUAUGUAUUCGGUCCAAGAACACCUAAAAAUAAUGUAGAAGAAGCAAUCCUUUUGUUGCUAAUACUCAUGAGGAAAGUGGUGAUGCAGGAAAUAAACUGGGAUCCAGAGAUUAUGAAUCAUCUGACUUUUGCACUUUCUAUCACAAGACAGUUUGAAUUAUUGGCUGAGCACGUGGAGCAGAUUCUUCCUGGAAUAUAUAGUCGAGCUGAGAGGUGGUACUUUCUUGCUCUAUGUUACAAUGCGGCAGGACAGAAUGAAACAGCUUUGAACCUUCUAAUGAAAGUUUGCGGUUCCUCUGAAGUAAAGCAGAAGCCCCAUUUUCAUUCAUUUUUGUUGCUUGCAAAAUUGUGUUCAGAGGAUACAAAAUAUGCACGUGAUGGAAUAAAAUGUGCUAGUAGAAUGAUCGAUAUGGCCAGUGAACACAGUAAACAUUUCAAUGCUGAAUCCCACAAAUUUUUAGGUGUUUGCUAUGGGAAUGCAGCAAGAGCUUCUGUAUCAGACUCUGAAAGAGCUCUUUUCCAAAAAGAAUCAUUGAACUCCCUAAGAGUUUCUUCUCUCGGUAGGAGGCAUGAUCCAGAAGUAAUGUUCAACAUUAGCUUGGAAAAUGCUGUGCAGAGAAAUCUUGAUGCUGCCUUCUACAGUGCAAUGGCGUACUCAAAUAUGGUGGCUGAUGGUUCCGGAAGAGGUUGGAAGCUUUUGACCCUCAUACUCUCAGCUGAGAGGCGACUCAAGGACGCUGAAACCAUAGUUGAUUUUGCUUUGGACGAAGCUGAGAGGAUGGAUCAAUUGGAAUUUCUUCGAUUGAAAGCUGUCCUCAAAAUUGCUCAGGAACAGCCAAAGCAAGCAAUAGAAACCUACAGAAUCUUGCUAGCACUAAUUCAAGCACGAGAUGAACUUCAGCUUCAGGCUACGAACCUUAACCAAUCCAAGGACUUGGAACUAGAGGCAGCGGCAGAACGUGCCUUAGAACGGGCAGCCUGGCAGGAUUUGGCUGCCAUAUAUUCAAAACUUGCUUCCUGGGCGGAUGCAGAAAUUUGCCUGAACAAAGCCAGAACAUUAAAUCUUCAUUGCCCCAGAGGUUGGCAUACAACAGGCAAGUAUUUUGAGGCUCGAUCGUUAUACAAGGAAGCACUUGUUUCAUACUCUCUCUCUCUAUCGGUUGAUCCUGAUUAUAUUCCGAGUAUCAUCUCAACAGCAGAAGUAUUGAUGAAAUGCGGUAACCAAUCACUUCCAAUUGCACGCAGCUUGUUGAUGAAUGCUGUAAGAUUGGAUCCUACAAGCCAUGAAGCAUGGUUCAACCUUGGAGUGCUCUCCAAAAUGGAAGGUUUGUUGCUUCAAGCUGCAGAUUUUUUUCAAGCCGCACAUGAACUCCAAUUAUCAGCUCCUCCUCAGAGUUUCAUCUAAAAGAAUCUUUUUUUUGUCCACCUUCUGAGAGGAAGAGUUUUGGGGAAGUUGAGCAGAUAUGAAAGGUCAAUUAUUGCAUUGGUUGUGCCACCAGCCUAUUCCAUCAAUUUUCUUUCCUUCUCCAUUCUUUUCCUUGACCUCUCAUAAUCUGUUGAAAACUGAGGGAAUGUUGGAACAAACACUGGGCCAGAUUUUAGGGUAGACUUACAGUUCCAAAUUCUGCAUGUUCAAAUCAACUGAUUGUGUGUAACAAAUCAAGGAUUUAGUAGUCUAUUGAGUAAAUAGCACAUUUUGUUGCAGUGUUUUUCUCCU